UGCAAUUCAGAGUCGGGAGGGAGACGUGGCGUUUGUACGGCCACUAUUCACAUCAUUUCAGCCUCGAGAUUGAAGGAUUUGUGGGAAAUAUAGCUUGCUGUGUUUCCUAUAUAGUCCGUUCAGGGAUAUCUGAGGCUGACAAUACAUUUUUACUGACGAAGGGCUUUGUCAACCAAGCCUGAAGAAGUCGAGACUGUCGGCUUCUAGGAGCGUCGUGCGCCGAGGUGAAUUGAUGUUCAGCUCGGCUUCACGAGAAAACAACGCUCUUUGGCACAUGAGAACUUCAGACCUUGCUGGACACACAAGUGCAGCGAGAAGUAGAUCGACGACUACUUCGAGGACCUGGGGACCGAUUGGAGGCGAAAGAUUGAAGAGGGAUCUCUGCUUCGUCCAAUUCCUGACAACAAAGAGAAAGAUGGGAGGUGGAGAGAGGUACAACAUUCCAGUUUCCCACCCAGAGCGCCCGAAGAAGAGCCACCAGCUUGGCAAAGCCAAGCAGAGAAACCAGAACGGAGCAGUGACGUCAGUCGGAGGGGCAGGUGGUCUCCACCAUCUGGGCCACCGCCGGAGCGACAAAGGGGCCGCGUACCACAGGUCCCCGGAGGCGCGGCAGGCCGCGUCUGCGGACAAAAAUGCCUCUGUCCGUUUUGCCACCAACUAUGAUCAGAACUGGGAGGGGGCGGUGUCUCACCUUAACACGCUCCUGGCGACCCAGGGCAGCCCCAGCUACGCGGGGCCAAAGUUCAGUGAGCCCCCCUCACCAAGCGUGCUGCCCAAACCUCCCAGCCACUGGGUGUCUUUCCCCAUGGGCUCCUGUGACCACAGGGAGAUGAUGACCUUCCAGCUCAAGAGCCUCCUUAAGGUGCAGGCUUAA